UUCGGGUUGUCAAUCGGACAGCGCAGAUAAAUGAACAGACCAUCGUCGACCACAUCUACGACGCGUCGGGAACAUUCCGCGGGCGAUUUCGAACGAUCACUGACAGUAACUCCGUUGGACAUUUUCUGCUCAACACUGUCCACCAUGCCCAGCCGAAUGGACCUCGACACCGCUGUGAACGUUCUGGGUAAGGAUCAGCGGCUGCGCUUCGGACACGUUGUGGACGUGGCCGACGAUCGUCUCUUCGUCGAUCUGCUCGGUCCCCAUCGGCGACGUGAAUAUGCACCGUUUGGUAGUGUCGCGUUGACCCGAGUGAUCGACACCAUCGAUCUAAAAGAUUUCCAUGCCCAGCAAGGAUCGGUCGUCCCGGUGCGGGUGCUCGUGCCGGAAACGCCAGCGGGCCCGUGGAUGUGGUCCGCCGGGGAGAUGGUGGUAGGGAGCAUGGGAUAUCUGUUGGGAGGGGGCUAUGUCCGUUGGCACUGUCCGCAUUCCGGAGUACCGUGCACCGAUUUCGUCCCCACAAAGCGCCUUCGCCCCGUUACGGAUGCCGUCCUCGGAGAUACCAUCGGACCAGGCAUCUUUAUCAAAGGCCAUGUGCAGUUGGGCGAGGAAUUCCGCUCGCUGUCUACCGAAGCAACCACGGCGCUCGUCAACCGACUGAACGGCGCCUCCCGACGUGUUGAAACGCAAGUUGUCGUGAUAGACUUCGUGGACGGCGAGUUGACAUACAUUCACAAUCGCCGUGAUGCAGAGAAAUGUCAAGUGUCCGAAGGCAACGUGUCGGAACUCAUGAACUCCCUUAACGAGAGACUGGUCAGUCUGAUCAAGUCAAUCCCUGACGAACCGGCUUCGGCCGCAGAUAACAGCAUGGCGCAGAUGGCGCUCCCGGUGGAAUUGUGGCAGGAGGUCUUUUCCCAUCUGGACACCCUGACGCAGACGCAGCUGCGCACCGGGUGCCCAACAUGGAACCGGAUCAUGGAUGCUCCCGCGCUGCGUUCCACCAUCGUCAUCCGCCGAGAAGUUGACUAUUUUCUCUGCUUGGCGACGGUGGGCAAGUGCCUACGUUCCGACACGCAGCGGGUUGCCAUAACAUACGCGAAGGGAGUCUGGGAUUACGCUCAACACCCGAUGUUGCUUUGCGACAUCAUCCGCUACGUAGCUGAGCAGCGAACCGGCAUCCACCUGCGCACCGUGUACCUGCACGGCGUCCGCAUGAAACUGCUGAUUAACCGCACUGCCGCGGACGUUCAAGAUAGCGAAUGCGGCCUGCAUCCGUCGGAUCCGGCGCAGCCGGAGUCCAAUGCGCCACACGAAUGUCUCUGGUUGGAAGACUUGAUGGCCACGUGCCGCAGUGUGCCGUGUGAUGCCAUUCACCUGACCAACUGCGACGUGUAUUUGGUUGGGCUGCGCUACGCGCCUCAACGGGGUGCAGAGGAUAUCGGCAACGGCGAUCGAAUUCACCAUCGGCACAGCGCAGCUGCCGCUGACUGACGGUUACGGCUGCGCAUUGUGUGAUGCUUUCGAGACGGCGCUGCCGUUGGUGCGUGAUAAAGAAGGGCACGCGCUAAUCCGACGGCUGAAACGCAGCCUGGACCGGGAUCCGAAGAGCCAGCUGUCUAUUGUCACCUGCCAUGUAGGAAUGCAGUCACAGUCAUUCGAUGGCGGUACAUAAGUACUUGGAAUAACACUUGCGCAAAUUUUUUCUUCUGCAGAUACUAUGUGUACAAGCUUGUCCCGUAAUUUCCAUCGUAAAGGUACAGCUAGCACGAAAUUUGCGCUUGAAACGAUGGCCACGUCACUACGCUUAUCUGAUUGCCUAAAUCCGCUCCGUAGUUAGAUGGUCCAUUACCACACCGACUGUUUCUUAGCCAUCUUACGCCAGGCAGUUACUGUUAUUCUCAUUGAAUUAUAUGGCGUGUACCAAGCCACCAGCCAGCCAAAUGCAUGUUACGUGUUUAAACAGUGUGGCGUGGCGCGCCGUAGUACGGAUUUACGCGCAACACGUAAAUUUGUAAUGUUCGCUGUUCUGAUGCGAUGGAAAUUACGGGACAAGCUUGUACUGACAUCGGCCGAUCCGCGUCCAUCCUCCCCCUACCGCGGGAAGAAGUGGUGCGUGGACGGUCUGCGAGAGCUGCAACUGCAGUGGGACACCUUGCCGCGCAUUGCCCGCCAUUUCCUUUUUUGCCAUCAGCUCUGCUAGCCUGUACGGAGAACUUGCGCGAUUCAGCUGCACGGAUUUCUCAUCGUACACCGUCAUAAUAAUUAUGUGGAUCAGAUUGUAGU